GGGGUGGGGCUCGCCGCGCUUUGAUCGCUGGUUAAGGGCUAGAAAAGGCCACCCGGGGCUCCAGUUUCAGAUCCGCUUGCAGAAACUUUCAUGUGCGGGCCGGGUGUUCAGCAAGGAGCACUCUACCUCUACCCAGGAAGGCACUGCCCAGUUUGGGCACCCGAAUACCGGGAGCGGCGGAUCAGCACAGCAAUAUCUGCCGCUCCGCCCUACCCGACCCACGCUGGUCUUUUGGACAGUCCGCGGCGAGUGGGGAUUGUCGCCUGGUUUUUUGGGCCGAACCGGACAAUCUAGCUCUGCGUGCCCUCUCACUAUACGGCAGCGCAUCAGCUCUGGAGGUGGAUGAAUAGAUCCAGCGCAGUGGCGUGUUCGUUUCCAAGGCGGCGAAUCGUGAGCCGGCGGCGUGCUAGGCGCUGCCCGGCUUCCAGCUCACCUGCUUUUUUUGCUUUUUGUUGUAAAUCGCGAGGAAGAAGAAUCAUGCCGGCGCGUCCCGCCUGGGCGCUGCCUCUGGGGCUGCUUUGCCUCUUGGCCACGUCGGGCGCGGCGGAGAGCGGCUGUGCUCAACUGGGCCGGUGUUGCGCGGGCAGAAGCGGGGCGUGUGUGAGCAUGGGCUGGAGACCGGACGGAUCCCACGGGCCCUGCUACUGCGACCAGGCGUGUCCUUACACCUUGGAUUGCUGCCAUGAUUACCGGCAGGUUUGCCCAGUGGUCCCCUGUGUGGUCUCAGAGUGGAGUGCGUGGAGUGGCUGUGCAGAGCCUUGCAAGGCAACAUACCGUAUGCGGAGAAGGCACAAGAUCCAGGAGCCGAGAAAUGGUGGUGAAGCCUGCCCUCCUCUAGAGGAGAAGGCUGGCUGUUUGGAGUAUUGGACUUGGCAAGGAACAGAAUGCAAGCAGCCCUUCAUCCCAGCAUUAAUAACCACUGGAGGCUAUGGGAAAGCAAGGAAAAAGCGAGCUGUGUCCAUUGAGAAUGAAAAAGCCGGGUAUUGUGUUGAAUUUCAGCUCACGGCCAUCACAGAAGGAUGUCUGCAGGGGAACAAUGCCUAUACCUAUUGGAUGAAAUAUCUCAGUGAAGGGCACAUGGUGUGUGUUGAGUGCCAGCAUCCAGCCCUGGAUUCCAGGAGCCUGCACUGUUCUGGGGAUGGCAAUGGAGCCAAAAAGAACCAGCUGCUGCACUGGCGGGCUGUGGGGAAUCCAAGGUGCAGAGGGACUUGGAGAAGAGUUCGCCAGGUGGACACUUGCUCCUGUCCUUCCGUCCACAGCUUCUUGUUCAUCUGACUCCCAUACAAUUCUCCCUCUGCCUCAAGCCUCCAUCUCCUUACUGCUUCACGUUCAUAGAGGUUCAGCUGUGAAGAGCCCUGGCUGGACUGCUGACUGAUAUAUUCUAAGAUCAGGGCACUGCUGCUUUAAAGAGCUGCUCCUUGGUGGCGUAAGACGUUCUCCAGAUGUCUUGAGGCUCAAGCUGAAGUUUCUGGUAUGUUAAAGGAUCUUGAGUUGCAGGGUCUAGAGGAACCUUUGUUGGAGAGCUGGGAAAAUAAGGGGUGAGGCUGGCAGGCUGACAAAUGACCAGUAGAAAAGAUCAUAUCCUUCUGGAACAGGUCACAGGCCCAUCCAGUCCAGCAUCCUGUUCUCACAGCGCCUAUGAGACGGGUGAGCUCACCCCUGGGCUGACUCUGAAAUGUGCUAAGUUGUUUUUUAAAUUGGGAAUAACUGCUCACAUUCUGAGCGGAGUCAAGGUUAUUACAUCACUCGCUUAGCUCCACUUCCCCUAAUUCCCCAAACCUCCUUCCCCUUCAACACAACUUACCUAUCUGUGGUCUCAACAAUGAUGCUCCAGAAGAGGAAACAAGGGAAAUCUCAUUUCUCUUUUUUUCUUCUUCUUCCCCACCUCUCAAGCAUGUUCAUUAUGAGCUCAGGAAGUAAAAAACCCAUUGGCCUUUGGGAAAUGUAUUGGCAGGGUGCAAGCUGAGGAUUCUUCUGUUCAGAUUACAUCCACACUAGAGAAGAAUUUGCGGGUUUGCAAAGUUUGCUACUUCUUUGAGUCAGGCUUUUACCAGCCCCUGAAGCUCAUCCUCAGGCCUGAGCAUAGAGCACUUUGGCGGCAUUGAUCAGGGUUAAGUGGAUUCUACAUGUUUAGAGAAAAAGGGCUGAAUGUGUGAUACUGAGCCCCGAACUCUGUCCUGAGAAUCUUCAACUUACAUAGGAAACUGCCUUACACAGAGUCAGAGCACUGGUCUGUCUAGCACAGUAUUGUCUAUGUUCACUGGCAGUCCUACCUGGCGAUGGUGGGGAUUGAACCUUGGAUCUUUAGUGUGCAAAGCAGAUGCUUUACCACUGAGCUACAGACCUUCCCCUGUGCUUUUUUAAAUGCAGGUUUCUAACCCUCAUGGCUGCUGCCAGUAUAUGCGUGGAAUUAUGGGGGCAAUGCCUGAUGAAAUCUUGAAAGUUAGAGGGAGUGGUUCAAAAGACUUCAGUUUUUCUUCUUUUCCCUUGUACUAGCAGUAGCAGAAUAAUUUCUGUCCCCUUAAUGGUAAUUACUUGAAGAAAAAGAAGAGAUGUAGUUGCACAUUACAAAUUACGCUGCUUCGUAUGUGAAAAUGGAAAGCAUGCUGCUGUUUUCCACAGUCCCUUGCCCCACCAAGGGGACUCAUUCCUUAAACCUGUGGACAAAACAGACUGUCAAAUAAAUUUUAGCCUUUGGGACAUCUCUGUGAACCUCCGAUACACUUGACCUUUUGAUACACUUGACCUUUCACUCAUUGGUGGUUGAGGGUUCAGCUGGAGAGGUCAAGGAACCUGGCUGUUCUUGGCUUAUUCAUUUGUGAAGUGCCUUACCCGGGCUCAAGCUUGAAAUGUUGCUUGGGAUCUGUGAUUACAAUCACCUACAGUUUAAGGGAGGAUAAAACUGGCCAUGGCCCCUAGAAUUGGCUAUGGCACUGUGGGUAGUGGGUAUCUGCUUCUCACCCCCUCAGCCCAAUUCCCAAUAAAAGCUACUUCCCAAGUCCUGUUUGUCCUACAUGGGGAAAACCUACAGCUCUGUUUUUCCUUGUUGGGCAAAUAGCUUCAGGGGAACUUUAAUUUAGGAAAUCAAAGAGGAGAGAAAGAUCAGAUCUCCCUUUCCCAGUGACACAAUUCCAGUCUGCUUUACCUUCCUUUGCAGUUAUUAAACAACAGGAAGUGAUCAUAAUCGCAAAUCCCCUCUGUGAUCUCUAGUUGUGCUCACACUUUUAGUUGGCUCCUGUGCCUGUUUUCUCGGAAGCAAGUGCCACAGAGUUCACUGGGACUUACACUCAUGCCUUAGGCUGACAUUGUGUACACAGUUAUCUGAAGAUAAAUCCUUUUGAACUCAUUGGGGCUCACUUCUGAGUAGACAUCAUACUAUUGUCCUGUUAAAUAGAAAUAAUCUUCUGUGCAGCUAUGAGAUGUUAAACCUUUUUCUGAAUUAAACUGGACCUGGAAAU